UUUGAAGAAACACAAUAUUAACAAUGCUUUUCAUGCCACAUGUCUCGGAGGUCUAAAUACAAAUGAGGUAUGACAUACAAAUGUUCAGUUACUACGGAAAGUUAUAAAGUAAAUAGAACAAUAUUAAUAAUUAAAAGUUAAGUAAUGGCCCUGUAGGGACGAAAAUUUAAUUAGCUACAGGAAGCCAUUAGUGUUGUAUCCACAUAGUGUCAGUUUGCAUUUUCAGUUGAAAAGUUUAACACGUGCAGAAUAUGGAAAAACUAUCACCUGAAAUGGUGAAUGAAACUAUGGAUAAAUCACCUACAGUUAGGAAACGGAAAGCAAAAGCCAAUGGAAUAAAGAAAUUGUUUUUGGAUUAUCUAGAAAAUUCUACACUUCACGGUUUAAAAUAUACUACAGUUAAGGGGAUUCACCUAGCGGAAAGGAUCUUUUGGGUGGUAACCUUCUUGCUAAGUCUCGGAAUGUGCUUGUGGCUAAUCCAUAAGGUAUGGCAUAAGUGGGAAACCAGUCCAGUCAUAGUCAGUUUCAGUGAGAAGAUUGUCCCAGUAGAAAAGGUCCCAUUUCCAUCGCUAACUAUUUGCCCACAAAUCAAAGCGAAAACAACUGUUUAUAAUUACACAAAACAUUUCAAGAAGUAUUUCGCUGAUGGUGUAGACCCUGAUGAGAAUAACACUACAGACGACAGCGACUACUCCACGACGUCAGACGAUACUGAAAACUUGAAAAUGUUCUUGGAUGUCAGUCUGAUCUGUCCGUUGCCUUUUUAUGUGCCCACGUACGAUUUUGAAACUCUGCCUGGACCAAACGUUACAAAUGCUUCUACUAUAGAUACAAUCUUAAACGUAUCGCCCAGUCUGGAAUAUUUCCAAGAAUGUACGUGGCUGGGACGUAAGAAACGUUGCUCGCGUUUAUUCUCUAAAGUUCUCACUGAAGAAGGCGUCUGCUUUAAUUUUAAUGGUCUAGCUGCUAGUGAAAUUUUUCGUAUGGACAAAAAUGGUAUACAGAGAGAUUACAACUACAGUGACAUUCAAAAAGAGAGUUUUGGAUGGAAUUCUAGUUUUGGAUAUGACAACAGCGAUGAUAUAGACUAUCUCAAACAAUAUCCACAUAGGGGCCAGUACAGCCGCCAUCGGCCAUAUUUAGAAGUAUACUUAAUGACUCAUAAAGCAGACUACGACGAGUAUUGUAAUGUCAUCAAUAAGGGAUAUAAGGUCUAUAUCCAAGAUCCAACCAGUCACCCACAGUCGUCGGUCUAUUCGUACGCCAUCUUGCCCGGACAGUCGUCCGCCAUGGCGUUGAAAGUAAAUAUGAUGAACACUUCUGAAAAACUUUUGAACUACGAUGCAGAGACAAGACAAUGUUUCUUCUCGUCAGAAAAAUAUUUGCGUUACUUCAAAUUGUACACUGCAAGCAACUGUUUAUUGGAAUGCAUGUCCAACUAUUCAUAUGAAAUAUGCAAGUGCGUGUCGUUUCACAUGCCAUAUACAGAUAGCAGAUCUAUUUGUACGUUGCAACAAGCGGACUGCCUCAGGGAAGCUGGAGGUGCAAACAGAAAACUGACAGAUUUCAUAAGCGAAUGCGACUGUCUUCCCAAUUGCAACAGUAUAACUUACGAGGCAGAAAUCCUUAAAACUGAAUUCAAUUUAGAAAAGAGUGUCGUAAAUUAUUUUAAAAUGAUUGAAGUUGACGGCGUUGCUGAUUAUUUUCGAAGCUAUGAGUAUUCCAAAUUAGAAGUGUACUAUCGGGACAGUGGGUUCGUCACAAUCACAAGGUCAGAGCUGUUUGGGAUCACGGACUUCCUCGCCAACAUCGGAGGUCUGCUAGGCCUGUUUAUGGGCUUCUCUUUUCUCAGUCUCGUCGAGAUUGUUUACUUCUUCAGCAUCAGAUUAGGAUAUACUUUACGCAAAGACAUCGAACAAGAAAAAGACGCGGAUUUGAAAUCCACUUCAGCAACAAUAGAUGUUGAAGAUGUCAAUGAACCUACAAAAAUGAAAUACUAAAAAAAAGUUACAAUUAUUACUGUAAUAAUUGUAACUCUUUUUACUUUGUUGUUUUUUGUGUGGUGUUUCAUGUGGCGUUUUGCCAUUUUAAUACUUUUUCAAAUUUCAAUCUAAGAUCA